AUGUUUUUUUCCAUUUCAAAGGUUCAUUGUCCAACUUGCAAUCAAAAUACAAAAACUAAACUUAAAUUAGUUAAUGAUGAAUGUUAUACACCAAAAUGUUUAUGCUUUUCUUUAAUAAUUUUUGGCCUUUUCCACAUUGUACUUGCCAUCACCUCAUGCUUUUACUCCACUAAAAGAGAGUGUCUUAUUUCUAUUUUUGUGGGAUUUGCUUUUGUCUCCGCAUUUGCAGUUUUUUGCGCCUAUAUUCUAUUAUGUGAUUUUUGCAAAAAUAUUGAACAUCAUUGUAGUGUUUGUGACACGUAUCUUGGUAGAUAUGAAGGUGAUAGAAAGCCUGUAGUUAUAUUACCACCAGAAUUAUAUAAAGAUCAUGUGGCGCAACCUAACAAUAAUUAA